GUGUCCUCUGACCUUUGGUUUAUUUUAUACCAUCUGUUCCUUUGGAAAUUAAAAUAAAAUGCUCAAAUUCAGGUGUCAGACUUGGAGCUGAUUGUCAUUUUUCUUCUCGUGGGGCUGUUUUUAUUGAAGCUUUUAAGCUCUGUCCAAGUGAAAGAGGAAUGUUUGAUCAAGUGCUGUGUGAGGGACUCGCCUUUUUUCCUCCCACAAAAAAUAGAUUUCACCUUUGGUAUUAACAGAACAACAACCCAACAAAGAUAAACACUCAGCACCAGCAAAGUCUCUGGAAAACAAAUUAGAUUAGGUGCUGUGAAAGUCAUAGUGCAAAGAUGAACAGUGUGGCAGACUGGCUCGUGCAGAACAGGGACAAGAUUGAGAAAGGUGUGGAGAUCAUGGGCCAAGCCUCCGAGGUGCUGGCGUCCACCGUGGGCCAGCUCCAUCCCGUCCUGGAGGCCGUGUUCGUGGCCUCGGCCGAGCUGCUGAGCAACCCGGAGGGCAAAGAGGCUCGCUACCUCAGCCAGCAGUUUGAACUGGUCAACCAGAAACUUGAGGGCAUCCAAGACGAGAUUGAUAAAAUCGCCCUGGAGCUGCAGAGGACGUCGCUGAACAAGCAGAACUUUGACCGGGAGGCGCAGAUGCUCAGCCAGUACGAAAAGUUCCAGGACUUUGUCAACGCCAAGCCCAAGUUCAAGGAGAAGAAGAUGGAGAAGUUCCUCAGUCAUUACGAGAACACUGACGGAGACUUGAACUUGGACGCGCUCUACAACGCUGUCACCGGCGAGAACACCUCGGGCGAUCCCAUGCUGGAAACGGUGGUGGCCGUGGAGCAGAGGAGCAGGAGGGCCGUCGAGGAUUUCUGUGCUCGGCUGAAGAAGCUUUUCGUGGUGGGUAUCAUCGCUGUCAUGGGCCACGCCGCCCUCAAGGAAGGAACGGUGGGGGAGGAGAUGGUGAAGAAGUGGCAAGAUCGAAUGGAGGACGUGGAGAAUCGAAUGAAAGCAGCCGUGGAUGAGUGUACGGAGAAGUUUCCCGAGCAAGCCAAGCUGGACAUGGAGCAUCAGCUGCAGGAGAACCCCGGCACCGUGGAUCAGGAAUUCACCAAGUCCCUGCUGGAGUCACUGGUUAAGAAAUACGACUGGGUGAACUGGUCCAUCAGGGCCUUCAGUGACAGGGAGCGCAUUUUCUUUUUCAACUGGCUGGCGGGGAAGAAGUACCACGGGAGCGGAGGCGCCAACUGGUUUGACAUUUUGACCAAGAACAAGAUCAAAGUGGUGGUGUCGUUCUGCGUCAGCCCGAAGCCCAUCAACAAGAGUCAGAUCCAGGAUCAGAUAGAGCAGCAGAAGCUGAAGGGGAACAUGAUGGCGGUGGCUCUGUCUUUGAACAAGAGCUUCCCCAACUGCCUGGUCCACGCCGUGAGCCACUACAAGGCCGUGGUAGAGACCAACAACUUCCCCGAGGACUGUUACUACUACGGUAAACACAAACGAGCCUUCCUGUGCAUCCACUCCGAGUAGGCCCGCUGAGGAAUGUAACCUUCAAAAUGAAUUCAUGAAUGUCCUCACCAGAGACUUCAAAAUAUCUCGAUGAAAUCUAGAAAUGUAUUCAUAAAUAUCGUCUCUGUUCUUGUAUAAUCUCUAAAUUCAUUGUCUUCCUAUUCACGUGUCUUUCUUUUUUUGAUAAAGCAGCUUCAGGCUGUUAGAGAGAUUUCAGAGCCAUAUAUCUACAUGCCAGCUUCAUCUCAGUGUUAUGGUAAAGAUUGUGUACCUGGAUAUUUCUAGAUUUGGACAACGACUUUGCAUACUCUUUGCAUAUCUGUAACGAAAUGUUUGACUCCGUCAGUUCAUUAUUUUCCACCAAAAUCUUUAGAGCAUGUAGGCGAACAAGAACGUGUACAGAUCCCUGGUUUAUCCAAGGUCAGAAAUGAACCUUCAGGCUCAACCUUUACAGAAAGAAUCGAACAUUUUGGUUAAAUGUGCUCAAGCCUGAAGUUACAACAAAGCUAAAGCCAAAGGACAGUUAGCUUAGCAUAGCGUAAAGACUGGAAACAUUGGUACAACACAAUAUAAUCUUACCAUCAGCUCAGAUUUUUGCACGACAAAAGAUUGAACUUUAAAGCCGCUGGUUAGGGGACAUUUACUGGCUUGGAGCAAAGGCAGGUCAGUUGUUUCCCCUUGUUUCCAGUCUUCAUGCUAAGCUAAGCUAACUGUGUCUACAGUUCAAACAAUAAAGUAGUAGAUCUUCUCUGCUAACUCUCUGCAAGAAGGCAAUUAAACUCAAUCUGCUGAGGAGGAAUGCGUAAUACGAUCAAAAGCUGCAGAGGCAGGUGAGGAAUUGGUUUGUCUAUUGAUUAUCUGAUGCGUAAAAAAUAUUCAAUCAUGGUGCAUGUAACGGUGGAGGAUGUGAUUCGUGUUUCCAGACCAUAGAAGUAUCUGGGUAUAUGAAAAUAAUAAUAGUAAUUGUGCUGCUUUUGGUGGAUUAUCUGGCACUGCAGGGCCAAACUUUUAAAUCGCCCACAAUCUGUUCAUGAGUAUUUUAGUUUGAUUUGUAAUAAACAAGAAAACAGGA